AUGCAGCACACACACACACACACACACACACACACACACACUUGUGUACUUGUCUUCAAGAUGUCGUGGCGCUCAUCCUUCCACCACUCCAAGUUCCGUCAUGUCUUUGGGAAGACAUCCAGCAAGGAGCGAGGCUAUGACGGCGUUCCCAUCACACGCGGUGUCCAUGACAACCACUACUGCUCAGUCAACCCAUGCUUCAUCGCCAUGGUGACCGAGUGUGCUGGGGGCGGGUCCUUCCUGGUGCUGCCAAUCCACCACACAGGCAGAGUGGACCAUCAGUACCCGAGGGUGUGCGGCCACAGGGCACGUGUUCUGGACGUCAAGUGGAACCCAUUUGAUGACCGCUGCAUUGCGUCAUGUUCCGAGGACUGCAUGGUGAAGAUCUGGGACAUCCCGCUAAGCGGCGUCCAACGGAACCUAACGCAGGCCAGGAAGACGCUGAUUGGUCACUCCAGGAGGGUGGGGCUUAUUGAGUGGCAUCCGACCGCUGAGAACCUUCUACUGAGCUCAGCUUAUGAUUUCAAGGUCCUCCUGUGGGAUGUGUCUCAGGAUGGGUCAGUGCUCAGGCACCCGGUGCGUGUGGUCAUGGCACCCAUCUACCCGUCAUCAUCACGCUUCCCCUCAGAGAAGCUGCUGCUGUCUGCCAGCUUCAACCAGGAGGGAAGCCAUUUGGCGGUGGUGUCCAAAGACAGACGCGUGCGAGUGUUGGACCCUCGGACAGGACAGGUUAUCCAGGUGUCCUGCAAUAAAUCUCACAAGGCAAACAAGGUAAUCUACUUGGCAGGCCUGAAAAUGCUGCUGAGCACCGGCUGCUCGCCUUGGAACCAUAGACAGAUAGUGCUGUGGGACCCGGACGACUUGUCGGAACCUUUAUAUGAAGAGGAUCUCGACGGUUCUGCAGGAGUUCUCUUCCCAUUCUUUGAUCCAGACACCAACAUGCUCUACCUUGCUGGGAAGGGGGACGGAAACAUCAGGUACUACGAGCUGACCUCUGAGAAACCUUACAUCAGCUUCCUGACCGAGUUCAGGUCGCCGCUGCCUCACAAAGGACUUGCAGUGAUGCCAAAGCGCGGCCUGGAUGUCAACGCUUGCGAGAUUUUUAGGUUCUAUCGUGUGAUCGCCAUCAAAGACCUGGUGGAGCCACUGUCCAUGAUAGUACCGCGAAAAAAGUCAGGCACCUUCCAUGAGGACCUGUACCCCAUGACAGCAGGGGGCACGGCCGCAAUGACAGCUCAGGAAUGGCUGGCUGGAAUCAACAGAACAGGCCCUGUCCUGAUAUCUUUACGACCCAGCGCUAAGGUUGUCAACCCUUACCAUGAAAGCCUUGCCGACAAGAAAUGGUACCAGCAUGGCCCGAAGGUACCAACUAGUACCAAUUCGGCUGCUCCAUCAAUCAACCUGACUUAGUGAAGGAAUUUCAUUACUGGUUCUCCAUAGAAUUUUCUGGAGGAGCAGCUGGCAUACCAGGAUGCAAAAUAUCGAAGGGAGGUCAACGAGCUUUCAGGGUGGCAGCCGGACGAGACACAGGCAUCACUUUGGACAUAUGACAUCAUGCCGCACUGCUGCGAGCCUGCAGAGAGGCCUCCGCCCACAACCGAGGACGAGCUCCUUGAUGCGUUCUACAAACAACAAGAUGAAAUCCGAGGUCUGCGAGAAGCACUAGACCUAAAAGAUGUGAGAAUCGCUCAGCUGGAGGAGGAAGUCAAAAGCAGCAAAAACCAGCGAAGCGCCCCCUGCUGACAGCUUAUGUCUCAACAGAGGACCGCCUGAAUUUUUCCAUUCUGUGGACUUCGGGACCAUCCAUCCAUCCAUCCAUUUUCUACCGCUUAUUCCCUUUUGGGGUCGCGGGGGGGUGCUGGCGCCUAUUUCAGCUACAAUCGGGCGGAAGGCGGUGUACACCCUGGACAAGUCGCCACCUCAUCGCAGGGCCAACACAGAUAGACAAACAACAUUCACACUCACAUUCAAACACUAGGGCCCAUUUAGUAGAAAUUAAUCCAAAUUGGGAGACAAGAGCAAAACGUUAAGAUUUUAUUUACAAAGUCCUUUUUGUAUUUUUUUGGUAGUUUUUGCUUUAACUUACAGAAAGUAAAAAUACAAAACAAAAAACAAUAGUCAGUGUAAACGGCAAACAGGGCGGGGGGAAAAGAGCCCCCAAAGAACAAAAUGAAACCAUCCUCGGGAAAACAAAAGAUAUUUUAAAAACUUUGCUGGCAAGGGGAAAACAAAUGAUGAAACUUUUUUGCCCUGAGCGCUUAGCCUGCGGGGGAGUGGGGCAGGAUUGAUUACAUCACAGCAGGGGGUUAGGGGAGAAUGGUGCAAUGACAUCCUCUGAUGUUGCAUAAUUAAUUUGUCUUGGCAAAAUCUAAAAAGUGACUUCAGAUAUUUUAUGAUUGAUGAACUUCAAGUCCUGAGAAACUUUGUGAUGUCCAUUAACACUUGAUCACAUAACUAUGGGCAGGCAUCAACUUAAGU